AUACCAGUACCAGUUCAUCAAGAAAUAUAGGUGAAGUAAAAAUAUAAAAAUAUAUUUAUUCAUCGGCAUGAAGUAUAUUUUACACAUCGCAUUGUUUUUCACCUUAGCGUCACAUGGAGAAUCAGCAGGAAGGUAUGAUAAUGACUUAUAUUACGGCAAAUUUCCUGAAGAUUUUGUGUGGAGCAGCGCAACGUCAGCUUACCAAAUAGAAGGCGGAUGGAACGCUGAUGGCAAGGGGCUAAGCAUAUGGGACACUUUCACCCACGCGGGAAAGGCAGCCAAUAAUGACACCGGUGACGUGGCAUGUGAUAGCUAUCAUAAGUAUAAAGAGGAUGUAAAGUUGCUUAAGGAUUUACAUGUCACUCACUAUCGGUUCUCAAUCUCCUGGCCCCGAGUUCUCCCAAAUGGCACCAUUGAUAAUAUUAACGAAGCUGGGAUCGAUUAUUACAACAAUUUGAUUAACUCACUCAUCGCUAAUAACAUACAACCCAUGGUCACCCUGUACCACUGGGACCUUCCACAGGACCUAGAGGACCAAGGAGGGUGGUUAAAUGAAACUACCAAUGAGCAUUUUAAGAACUAUUCUAGGUUGUGCUUUGAAAGAUUUGGUGAUAGGGUAAAGUUCUGGAUAACGUUUAACGAGCCAUGGAUAGUCGCCUGGCUUGGCUAUGGUGUCGCAGCGUUCGCCCCGAGAAAGAAUGGACCAGGUGAUUUGGCCUAUAUUAGCGCUCACAACCUUAUCAAAGCGCACGCCAAGGCAUACCAUGAAUAUGAUGACAAUUUUAGAGCAUCGCAAAACGGCACAAUCGGGAUUACACUGAACGCCGGGUGGUCUGAGCCAAAAGACCCGAGCAGCCUCAGUGACCAAGAGGCCUCCCAAAGGGAUAUGCAGUUUCAGCUCGGCUGGUUUGCUAACGCCAUAUUUGUUAACGGCGACUAUCCUGAUGUGAUGAAAUGGCGCAUCGGAAAUAACAGUGAGACACAAAACCUGCCUAAGUCGAGAUUACCAGCGUUCACUGAUGCUGAAAAACAAUAUAACAAAGGUACAUCGGACUUUUUUGGCCUCAAUUUCUACACCUCUAGUCUGGUAACCGACAACAAGAAUGUGAAUCGGUCGGUGCAGAGUUAUGACGUAGAUAAGGGCGUUGCCGGGGAGGCAGACCCUACCUGGAAAGAAUCCGGUUCUGGUUGGUUAAAAGUGACUCCGUUUGGCAUGCGCAAGGUUUUGAAAUGGAUCAAAGACACAUACAACACUCCCGUCACUUACGUUACGGAGAAUGGAGUCUCAGACCGAACAGGCGUCUUGAAUGACGUAGACAGAAUUGACUACUACAAAAAUUACAUAAACCAAAUGCUAAAAGCAAUGAAACUGGACGGCUGCAAUGUUAAAGGCUACACCGCUUGGUCUUUGAUGGACAACUUUGAAUGGGCAAGUGGCUACACCGAGCGUUUUGGUCUCCAUUACGUCGACUUUACGAAGCCUGAUCGACCAAGAGUCCAAAAAGAAUCAGCGAAAUGGUAUGCGAAUUUCGUGUCAAACCCAGAAUUUCCUUUGAAGUACGAUAAUGACUUAUAUUACGGCAAAUUUCCUGAAGAUUUUGUGUGGAGCAGCGCAACGUCAGCUUACCAAAUAGAAGGCGGAUGGAACGCUGAUGGCAAAGGGCUAAGUAUAUGGGACACAUUCACCCACGCGGGAAAGGCAGCCAACAAUGAUACCGGUGACGUGGCAUGUGAUAGCUAUCAUAAGUAUGAAGAGGAUGUAAAGUUGCUUAAGGAUUUACAUGUCUCUCACUAUCGGUUCUCAAUCUCCUGGCCCCGAGUUCUCCCAAAUGGCACCAUUGAUAAUAUUAACGAAGCUGGGAUCGAUUAUUACAACAAUUUGAUUAACUCACUCAUCGCUAAUAACAUACAACCCAUGGUCACCCUGUACCACUGGGACCUUCCACAGGACCUAGAGGACCAAGGAGGGUGGUUAAAUGAAACUACCAAUGAGCAUUUUAAGAACUAUUCUAGGUUGUGCUUUGAAAGAUUUGGUGAUAGGGUGAAGUUCUGGAUCACAUUUAACGAGCCAUGGAUAGUCGCCUGGCUUGGCUAUGGUGUUGCAGCGUUCGCCCCGAGAAAAUAUGGACCAGGUGAUUUGGCCUAUAUUAGCGCUCACAACCUUAUCAAAGCACACGCCAAGGCAUAUCAUGAAUAUGAUGACCACUUCAGAGCAACGCAAAAAGGCAAAAUCGGGAUUACACUGAACGCCGGGUGGUCUGAGCCAAAAGACCCGAGCAGCCUCAGUGACCAAGAGGCCUCCCAAAGGGAUAUGCAGUUUCAGCUCGGCUGGUUUGCUAACGCGAUAUUUGUUAACGGCGACUAUCCAGAUGUGAUGAAAUGGCGCAUCGGAAAUAACAGUGAGACACAAAACCUGCCUAAGUCGAGAUUACCAGCGUUCACUGAUGCUGAAAAAAUAUAUAACAAAGGUACAUCGGACUUUUUUGGCCUCAAUUUCUACACGUCUAGUCUGGUAACCGACAACAAGAAUGUGAAUCGGUCGGUGCAGAGUUAUGACGUAGAUAAGGGCGUUGCCGGAGAAGCUGACCCUACCUGGAAAGAAUCAGGUUCUGGUUGGUUAAAAGUGACUCCGUUUGGCAUGCGCAAGGUUUUGAAAUGGAUCAAAGACACAUACAACACUCCCGUCACGUACGUUACGGAGAAUGGAGUCUCAGACCGAACGGGCGUCUUGAAUGACACAGACAGAAUUGACUAUUACAAAAAUUACAUAAACCAAAUGCUAAAAGCAAUGAAACUGGACGGCUGCAAUGUUAAAGGCUAUACCGCUUGGUCAUUGAUGGACAACUUUGAAUGGGCAAGUGGCUACACCGAGCGUUUUGGUCUCCAUUACGUCGACUUUACGAAGCCUGAUCGACCAAGAGUCCAAAAAGAAUCAGCGAAAUGGUAUGCAAACUUUGUGUCAAACCCAGAAUUUGUCAGCAAUGGCACUACUGUCCCACCUGUCAGCAAUGUCACAACCGUCCCACCUGUCAGCAAUGUCACCACUGACCGCACUUAUAGCGGCGUCAAGUCAUCCAUGAGAACGGGGCUUUUCCAAGCUGCGACAUGGCUAUUUGCCGCAUUAGUCGCGUAUCUGUAG